AUGCAAACGGAGGGCAGCCCAGGCCCUGAAGCACAUACUAGGCUAAACAUCAGAUAUUUAACUAAACUAGGCAAACCCUGCCGGAGACAUGGGACUCAGGAGUCACGGGGGACGUUCCCUUAUCCACAACACACUGCCAACUGAGGGAAACGAACUACUCGACUCUACUUCAAGAUGAAACAAGAUGCCUCCUUCAGUUUUGCGAUGGUUUUAACUGUUUAAUGAGAUUUGUUUCGCGUCUGAUCUGCGAAAUAAAUGACAGCUGAAGUUAUCCUGGAAUUUCUGAUACCUACGGCGAACAGGUGCCACACCUUCGUUUAGCGCAACAGCGCCAAAACACAGCUGGCCAAAUGGGGUGCCAAUGUUGUCGGAUGAUAAAAAGCUACAUCUAUGAUCCCUCUGAUCCUGUGGAUGUACAGAAGUCGGACCCAGCGGGCAGCACGCUCUACCAGUCUCACCCGCUCCCCGGCAAUGUGACCCCGCGCAGCGCCCACAACCCUGCCAAGAAGGGCUUCCACAACCUGGGCUACAUCACCAGCAACGCCAAGCACAACGACGGCACCCUCAAACUGGAGGCCGACAACAACCACAUCAACAGGCUGCGCGCCGUGGAGCCCAGCCCCCAGAACGUGCAGGGGUGGCAGGGUAAGGCUCGGUCAGGCGAGGGGGGACCCUACAUCAUCCAGCCCCAGGGUCCUGGUGACAGAUGGGGGGUCCCACCGGGGGUCACCCCCAGCCAGGUACCAGUGUACCCCAACAUCCACUCCCUGGAGCGCCAGAGGGAAUCGUUGUACGAGAACUCGGACACGCUCGACGGGAGGGGGAGGGCGAGGCACGCCUCGGAGCACUCGCUGGCGGAGGGGGUGUGCGGAGGGGAGAGCUCCUCGGUGGACGAGGGGGUGGGGGGGACCCCGGACUACCUGUGCGACACGGGCGACGAGGAGGAGAGCGUGCUCUCCGGGGACGUGCACACCAGCACCACCAGCCUGUCGUCCGCCGACGCCAAAGACGAGCGGCGCCCCAGGGCGUCCACGCCGGAGAGGAGCUUGGCCGGGACGAAGAGCGAGGACGAGGGGGAGGGAGGGGAGGAGGACGCGCAGAGCGUGACUGACUCCAUGGUGGCGGAGGCGCUGGCGGCGUUGGAUUCGGCCACCGCCGGGGAGGACUAUGAUUGACACAUUCCAAAGAGUUCCGGAGCGUCCCGUGAAUUGAUGACAGAAACUUUGGUCACGGUGACGCGCUGUCACAGUCCACUAACAGACUUUUCGAACUUCCCAAAUAUGAUUUGAAGAACCAUGUGUGAGAGGCCUCCACCCAACUGAAAUGGAACAUAAUGUGUUCUCACCAAGAUUUUGAAUCCCAUUGAUCUUUAAUACACUAUAGGAAAGAAAGAACUAGUUUACAAAAAGAAUAGUUUUUUAACUGUAGUCACCAAUAUUUUUCUUAUAAGGUCACAUGACACAUCCUGUACCUGAUUGGCUGAGGGAAGACAUGAUCCAGUGCCACAGCGUGUGUGCAACAUCAGUGUAAACUCCCAGAAGUGAGGGAAGAUACUACUGGUUUGUACUUGUAAAAGUGAAAUGCAGAAUCCUAAUCCACAUGACUGAAUUAUUGUCUCCUGUACUCCACUUCCACUACAGAAGCUUCUAUCUACAAUAUCCGUUUCUAUAUUAUUGUCUGUGCUAGCUCGACUCAACUCAGUGGCUAUGGCUGCAGUGAGUGCCAGAGCUUUGAAUCUUCAGGGACGCUCGCUACAUGGUACAAACAAACUAAUGAGGUCAUGUUGAGCUUCUUUUUUGUUUAUUGUAUCAACACUCUCACCUUUGUUUGUAAUUUGAUCUGUGUUCUGGUGUUAUUUAUAUCUGAACUGGUUGACCAGGAUUGUGCUGGGUGAAGAGUUGUUAUCUGUACUGGCCCAGAACUUGCUGGCUUAGAGGAGUCAAGGAAACACUGGCCAUAUAAUAGGACAGAACGUUGAGGGAGGGGGGGGGGCAUGCAAAUGUUAGUGUUGUUGGUCAAACCAGUGACGUUAAUGUAGUUUGCUUCCUCGUUCAGGAAUAAUCCAGUUAUCCACGGUGAAGCUUGCUGGUCAUUCUGAGGAUAGACAAUGCAUGAAACAUGAGUACUAAGUCAUGGCUAAAUGAGUAUACGACCACUACUGAUACCGUAACAGGUAUAACUACAAACCUGAAUUACUGGAUCACUUGAGCCUGAACCAAGUGUAGAGCUACAUUUGUGUCGGCCUGUUUUAAUGAAGGACUUGAUAGAAGGAGUGCUUAUUACUGUGACAGGGCUGAGGCCUCAACUGACCACCUGAGUUCUGAGAGCCACUUUGCCUUGAGCAUGACAAACUUUUUGUUCAGAUGAAGAACACCUGAGUUCUUUUGAGACUUGCACAUCAUUUCCUACCUGGGCCAGACUAGCUUGAUCCCCAACCUAACCUGAGACUUUGUCAGAUUUGUGGUUCACAAGACUGUGACUUGGUCUUGAAACUGUACUGUGACUGUUCUUUUGAAGUCAUUGUUUGUUAUGCCAAAAUCAUUUCUAUUGACAUUUGUUUGUAACAUUCACAAAAGCAUUUAGACAUUUCAUUUGCGAUAAUAAUGUACUGCCAAGUAGCCUUAUGAUGAUUCUGAAUCAAUGCACAUACCCUUUCAGGGGCACACUGAAGAAAUAUAUCAGCCAAUUAGAUUUGCUUUCUAGUUUCUAGUACAAAAACUAUUGUCUUUUCCCACUCAGGCACCCAUCACUUUUAAUUUAUCUUUCACUCUGUUUUCCAUGUUCUCCAGGAUGUGCAUACAACCGCUAAAACAAAGCAUGUGACUUUAUAUUUGUUAUGUGUGUGUGUGUACUUUCCCACAAGUGCUCUCAGGUACUCCCAGAAUCUCAAGAGUGUUUGUUCUGGGAGCAGAUGCUGAAUCAUAGCUGUGACAGCACACUGACAAUCUUUACCACUAGAGGGUCCGUGGGGAAGACUGCUUCACAACCUCUUCUACACACACACAAACACACACAAAUACACACAUAAACUCUCUCUCUCUCACACACACACACACACCUACAUAAACUCACACACCAGGGCACAACUCAGACCAUAACACUUGCAAAUACUUCUCACACAUACACCCCCCAGGCAUCAUUCAGAACACACUACACACACACACACACACGCAAGAGCUGCAGACUGUCUAACUUUGUCUGGAAGCACAUGAUGUCCAUUGGGCUGUCUGUCCCAGUGUGUCCUCACUUGGGGAGCAUGGGCCCUGAUGAUGCUUCUUAAGAAGAGACUGAAACACCCCCCUGUCUUGUGACGUCCAUUAUCGCUCCGUCUCUCUGUCUCUCCUCCUCCUGCAUUUCUUCCUCUCCCCCGGUUGGUCGUCCAUCUUGGCUGCUAAUCUGCAUGCACCCUCCACUCGGUCGCUGUUUUCCCUUCGUUUGAAAGGAAGGGAUUUCUCGGCUCACCUCUGCACUAGUCAUGACAGGGUUGCGUGUCUUUCCUCAAGGGUCUCUGGCCUUUGUCAAGGUUUGACUCGUACAGUUGACACACACAAAGUUAUUUUUUCUUUAACCAAGAAUAUGCCUUUUUCUAUUGCUUUCAAAUGUUUUGUCGAUAUGUGAGAAUAAAUGGACGCUAUACUGUAGGCUGAAACUGUA